AUGAAUAAUCAGUUGACUCCCUAUUGUCGACGACCUGAUAAUGAUGAAAAAGAAGAAGAAAUAUCUCAUAUAUUGAAUGAAAAUAUAGCAAGCAAGAUUACUUUUAAAGAAUUGAGCAAACUAGGCGUACCAAGUGAACAACUUCUGAAUUGGUCAGCAUCUAUCGACCUUGCUGAACGAUAUGAAAUGAAUAAUCAAAGUUCAGAAUUAUUCUAUAACUGUUCAUCGCCAUGGUUCGGAUCAAAAUGUCAGUAUCGAUUUGUCUACAAUUUAUCUUUGUCUUUUAAUAAAAUUGUUGAAUCUUCUGUGAUAAGUCGUUCGGGCAUUAUCAUUGACGUAGGUGUAACCACAUGUUAUCCUUUUCUAUCUGAUUGUGAUCGUGGACCAUGGUCUUUAUGUCUCGAUUGGCGGCAAAUAUGUAAUGGCAAAGUUGAUUGUAUGAGUGGCGAAGACGAACGGUGGUGUGAAAUAUUAGAGAUGACAACAUGUGCUGAUGAUGAAUAUCGAUGUCAUUAUGGUGGGCAAUGUAUUCCAAUGAUAUUUGUACGAGACAGCACUUUAAGUAUUGACUGUCUUGAUGGUAAUGAAGAGAAAGAACCCAUCUUUUUCUUUUCUUCUUUCAUCUUAUCUGCUUGUGGUUCAAUUACCUCAUUUCAAUGUGAAGAGCGGAUUAAUCGAUAUCCUCUUUCUUUUCCAUGUGGUAAUGGCCAAUUUUUGCCAGAGACUGAUUUGCCAGUUAAUGGGAUAUCUUGUUCCAAUUGGAGACAUAGAGAAGGGACUUUAGCCAUGCUUACUUCAUUUGAUCAUAUUAAAGAUAUUAAAUGUCGACAAGCAUUUCGCUGGUCACUACUUUCCAAUCGAAGUCCUUGUAAGUAA